AUGGGUGUGCUCACGGCGCAACCUCCGUCGACCACGCCCAGAGAAGGCCAGUUUUUCGGCGGUUCAUCGGUAGCAUCACUAUUGCAGGGAAUUCAGGGUGUUAGCUCAACAACAUCAACAUCGAGUCGCACAAGACCUGGUUACCAGAAAGACCAGUGGGUCAGCUCCAUGGAAGAUUCAUUCAGUGCCGGUGUGCAUUUCCCGUUUGAGAAUAUUGUCCUGCCUCCGCGCCCUUUGGCAGAUCAUCUGGUCGACUGUUACUGGACAGGAAUACAUACUCUGUAUCCAUUCAUCCACAAACAGAGCUUCCAGCAAGGCUACUUGCGCUUAUGGGCUGCAGAGCCAAGCUCGGCUCCGACCGAGAGCGGUUCGAAGUGUAUAGGGCUUGGCGAUCCGGCCUCGUCUCCUCUCAUCUUUCACUGUGCGUUAAAUUCCAUGUUUGCUUUGGGCUGCCAGUAUUCGAGCCUGGCUGGUGCGGAGAGAGAAGCAAAAGCCGAAGUCUUCCUUCAACGCUCCAGCAACAUAUUGAAGCAAAUCGAUCUGCUGGAUCAGGGUGACCUCUCCCUGGUACAAACACUACUCCUCAGCGCGCAUUAUCUCCAGAGCACACCGUAUGCGGAUCGCUGCUGGAACACGAUCGGACUUGCCUGCCGCAUGGCACAGGGGAUCGGUCUUCAUUCCACGGAUCAUGAUAGUCGUUGGUCUUAUGAUGAAGUCCAGGUGCGCCGGUGCAUCUGGCACUCUUGUGUCAUGUUGGACGUGUCUGCUAGCAUGGCGCUGGGUCGACCUUCCAUGAUAUCUCGUUAUCAUCAGGUACCGCUGCCGGAUGUGCUUGGUGAUGACUCCACUGGAGGACCAGUCCCUCAGGUAACUGUGUUCUUCAAUAUGAACAUGAGACUAUUCUACAUCCUGGGUGAUAUACUUGGUACCGUAUAUGGACCAGGUCGAGGAGCCAGAACGGAUGACGGAAUCAACGGGGAUAUUUCAAAGGACAUAGAAGCCAUAGAAACGUCGCUAUCAUCGUUCUUAUCAACGCUACCUCAAGCAUUCCGGUGGGGAAACCCCCGUCGACACGGACAGGGGGAGCAGCAAGUUUUGCGACAAACGAACAUAUUGCGUGCUCGAUAUCUGCAUCUGAAGAUCUUACUAUAUCGGCCAAUGCUGACGCGCCUAUACCGCUCGUGUCAGCAGCGACCUAAUCCGCGAGCUUCUUUCCUCGCCAGUCGCGAGUUGAACCCGUCAACACAAUCAAACAUCAUCCAGAGAUACGCUGCUAGGUGUAUUGAUGCAGCAGUUGAACUUAUCGAGUUUCUCGGGUCCACAGACGAGACCCACCGCCCAAUAUGGUGGUAUUCUGUUCUUUACAUGUUUACCUCAGGCGUUGUGUUGAUACUCGCCACGGUGUGCUCUAAUAUCACCCAGAAUCUCUCUACCAGCAUGCUCGAAGAUGCCUGGAACCAAUGCCUGGUGUUUUUGGAAGAGAAGGUUUCGAACAGUAGCAGUGCGAGGAAAUGUGCCUAUGAUUUACGAAAGGCUUAUGACCUUCUCAGGCAGACAAGCGACCAGGUCCCUGACGCGAGAGGAGGACACCAAAGCCAGCAGACAUCGGAACAUCCGAAUGGAUCCCCAAGUGAUCAUAUUGACUGGGGCUUCGGCGCGGUGGGCACUGAUGGACCUCAAGGGUGGGACGACAACUUUUUGACAGAUCUUCUGUGGGACGACUUGAUCACAACGAUACCUCUCUACUUCUGA